CUCUUGAUGAGUUCUAAACAAAUUUAAGAGAACACAAAAAUGGGUUCCAUGCGUAUUGUACUAGGGGUUGCACUUUGGUGUGCAGUCUUGAUGCAUACAGGAUAUGCUCAGCUUAGUCCCUCAUUUUACAGCCAAACAUGUCCAUUUCUAUACCCUAUUGUGUUUAGAGUCAUCUAUGAGGCUUCCCACACUGAUCCACGUAUUGGUGCCAGUCUCAUCAGGCUUCAUUUUCAUGAUUGCUUUGUUCAAGGCUGUGAUGGAUCAGUUUUGUUGAACAACACUGAUACAAUUGUGAGUGAACAAGAUGCAUUUCCAAACAGAAACUCAUUAAAGCGUUUGGAUGUUGUGAAUAAAAUCAAGACAGCAGUUGAAGAAGAAUGUCCUAACACUGUUUCUUGUGCUGAUAUUCUUACUAUUGCAGCUGAAGUAUCUUCUAUUCUGGGAGGAGGUCCCUCAUGGCCAAUUCCAUUGGGAAGAAGGGAUAGCUUAACCGCCAACAUAACUCUUGCAAAUCAAAACCUUCCCGGACCCUUCUCCACAUUGGAUCAACUUAAAGCUUCAUUUCUUGUUCAAGGUCUCAACACUACAGAUUUAGUUACACUCUCAGGUGCUCAUACAUUUGGAAGAGCUCGUUGCAGUGCAUUCAUCAACCGUCUAUACAAUUUCAGUGGCACUGGAAAUCCUGAUCCAACAUUAAACACAACUUACUUACAAACAUUGCGUCUGAUAUGUCCCCAAAAUUCAACAGGAAACAACCUAGCCAAUUUGGACCUUACCACACCUAAUCACUUUGAUAACAAAUAUUACUCCAAUCUUCAAAACCUCAAUGGCUUACUUCAUAGUGAUCAAGUUCUAUUAUCCACUCCUAAUGCAGACACCAUUGCUAUUGUUAAUAGCUUUAGCAAUAACCAAUCUCUCUUCUUUCUGAAUUUUAGGGUUUCGAUGAUUAAAAUGGCGAAUAUUGGAGUGUUAACUGGUGAUGAAGGGGAGAUUAGGUUGCAAUGUAAUUUUGUAAAUGGUAACUCCGCUGGAUUAGCUCGUGGUGGAUCAAAAGAUGGCUUGUUAAGCUCACUCUAAAUAAGUUAAUUGAUAUGUGAUUGAAAGGGUAAACAUUGUAAGAUAUAUACUUAAUUAGAAUAAAUAAAAAGUGUGCAUGUCAAUAUGAUUUUGUCAUGUACAUCUUAUCAUA